UUUAAAAGGUCUUAUGGUAUUUAGUAACGGAGGGAGUAUAAAGUUAAAAAACUUAUUUUGAAACGGAGGAGAGUACUAUAUAACAUGAGUUCCAUCGUAGGCACAAAGGACGUAAGUGCGGAUUAGGGUGCGGAACACAGAGAAUGAGAAUGAGGGUGACGAGGGCUGAGCCGGUGCUCGUGCACGCUGCCGGUGACGUUCCUGCCGCCGACGAGUACUACUUCCUCUCCAACCUCGACCAGAAUGUGGCAGUGCUCAUGAAAACCGUGCACGUCUUCAGCCCGUCCCGCGCCGGCGAGGACGCGGCCACCGUGAUCAUGGGCGCCCUGGGCAGGGUGCUGGUGCACUACUAUCCAUUCCAGGGGAGCCUGGUGGUGAGCGCCGACGACGGGAGGCUCUCGGUGCGGAACGACCGCCGUGGCGUGCCUUUCGUCGUCGCGGACGCCGACUGCGAGCUCAAGGAGGUCGGGGACGUCCUAGUGUCGGCACCCGACGCCGCCGCGGUUCAGGGGCAGCUCGUGUUCGUCGGCCGUAGUAACUCGGAGGAGUCGUCGGGGCUGGGGGCGCCUUUACUGAGCGUGCAGGUCACCAGGUUCAGGUGCGGCGGCUUCGUGCUCGGACUCGCCAUGAACCACUGCCUGGCGGACGGCGUCGCGGCGGCGGAGUUCCUCCGCUCCUGGGCCGAAAUGGCCCGCGGCGUGCCCCUCUCCUCCCCGCCCUUCCUGGACCGCACCAUGCUGCGCGCCAGGACGAGCCCCACGGUCGCCUUCCCGCACGAGGAGUUCGCGGAGAUGGAGGACGUGUCCGGCCUCGCCGGCCUCCGCGACGAACCGCGCCUGCACCGAGCCUUCGCCAUCGACGCCGGCAAGCUCGCGCGACUGAAGCGGCAGGCGUGCGCGUGCUCCACCUUCGAGGCGCUGACGGCGUUCGUCUGGCGCGCGACGUCGCGCGCCAUGAGGAUGCGCCCCGAGCAGAAGAGCAAGCUCAUGUUCGCCGUCGACGGAAGGCGGCGCGUCGACCCGCCGCUGCCUCGCGGUUUCUGCGGGAACGCCGUCGUCUUCGCCUGCUGCGUGUCCACUGCCGGCGACCUCCUCGGCGGCCCGGUGUCGACUGCAGCCCGGUGGAUCCAAGACGCCAUCAGGCGCACGGACGGCGCGUUCAUCCGUUCGGCCAUCGACUACGUGGAAGUCGCCGGUGGCCGGGCGCCGUCGAUGACAGCGACGACGCUGGUCACGGCGUGGAACCGUCUUGGGUUCCACACGGCCGAUUUCGGGUGGGGCGGGCCCGCACGGUCUGGCCCAGCGGAGCUACCGCGCGGGGAAGUGGUCAUGUUCAUGCGGGACGUGCGUGACAGCAGCAUCGUGGUGCUUCUUGGCCUGCCGCAGUCGUGCAUGCACGAGUUCCAGGAGAUGGUAGAUUUGAUCUGAAGCUUUGGCCAUUUUAGCCGCUCAUUCAUAAUGCGAACUACUCCCUCCGUGUAUGAAAAUAUAAGACUGUUUUUGUACUUCAAUUUGAAGUGCAAAAACAUCUUAGAGGUAGUACUCCCUCCGUUUGUAAAUAUAAGACAUUUUAAAGGUUUCACUAUGGACUUACAUACGAAGCAAAAUGUAUGAAUGUACACUCUAAAAUGUAUCUAUAUACAUCCCUAUGUGGUCCAUAGUGAAAUCACUACAAGGCCUUAUAUUUAGGAACAGAGGGAGUAGAUGUGUAUGCAUGGUGUCUCAAUAUCAGCAUUGCGGCUGAUGAGCAAAAUAUUAUUGGUAACUUUCAUGACCAAACGUGUAUCGUACAAAUACAAGGCAGAUUUUAACGAUAACAAUUAUUGAGAUGUGAAGUUAUCAACAGCACAAGUAGAAAAA